AUGGGUGACAUCGGUAGCAGAAAGAAUGGUGUUUAUAAUGAUGGUAUGGAAAUUUCUAGACACGAUGACGACGAAGAGGAUGUGGCUGGCAGUGAUGAUGACUAUGACGGUGCUCGUGGAAAUGAUGCUAAAAAAAUCAAUCUAGGUGGCAAAUAUAAGAAAAAUCACCACGAAAACAACAUCAAAAACAACAACGAUAAAAAUGUUAAUAAUAAUAAUAAUAAUAAUAAUAAUAAUUACGCUGAUGCUGAUAAUGACGUUGAACACAACAAUAGCAAUAGUGUCAUAAAAAUAAACCUGAAAAAUUACUUUGAUCACGUCCUAGCUGGGAGAGGUUCUAUGAACAUCAAUCUAGGCCGCAACAACAACCUCAACAGAAUCUUCAACAACAACAACAGCAGAAUCUUCAGCAACAACAACAACAACAUCGAUUAA